UUUCUCACGAGUGCUUGAUUCUGGCCACGGCACAAAUGUGUAACAAGUAUUUUCCGCCUGCUGUGUCUGGGGUACAGUGCGAAUCCAAUUGCAUCAGUUACUACGCUUUUUACGGUGGCGACUCCUCGCAAGUGCCGUGCGACCAGGAUGUGCUGGACAAUGCUAAGCCCUUCCGGAGCACGUGCAACGGGCACCCAGGAUUCACCUCUUUAGACGAGAACGUGCAGCAGCACAUCACCGUGGCGCUCCCGGAGCACAUCAAGGCCUGCGAGGAUUCCAUGGUCCUGAGUGCUGGCAUCUUGGAGAUCCUAGUUCUGGUGGGAGUCAUCUCCGCGGUCGUGUUAGGCCUGGUCGCGCUCGCCUGCAUGAUCGGCUGCGGCGUGCACAAGACACACCGCGUCGCGACCGGAAUCGAUGAUCAGCACAAGCAGCUCCACCACAAAUACGACCGCCUGUCGCAGCAACACGACGACCUUCAUACCAAGCACGAUUCGUUGCAUAACAAACACGACAAGCUUUUCGACAAACAUGAAAAACUGCACGAGAAGCACGACAAUUAAGGCUUGAGCAGGAAAUGUAUCUUCCGAGCAGACAUCUUUGCGGCCCCGUUUCCUCUAAAGGGACGAAACGGGUACAGACAUCUUUGCGGCCCCGUUUCAUCUACUUAAAGGGACGAAACGGGUACUCGAAAACUGAAAAUAACCGAGUUACUGACUGAAAUAAGGGGCAUAGCUUAACAGCAAGGCUACUCGUUCUUCUCGUCGGUGUCUCGGUUAUUCUCGUCUGUUACUCGCUUAUUUCAGUUUUUCGAGUACAGAGAUGCUCCCCAGGAUGAUAGAUUUCUCCUGCAAGUUCUAAGCCAAACUUUUAGGAAAGCACGACGAUUUGCACGAUCGGCACGUGGAGCUUGUGGGACCGCGACACCCAAGAGCCACGAAAAAAAAUAAAGGGGUGGGGGAAGGCGAAGCUUCACCUCCUGAUGCAGGAGAUAAAGCUUCAAAAAGAAAUGAAAAAACGGCAAAGGGCGCUGGCACGACCACUGCCAAAGACAGAGAGACGAUAAAGAAAGCCUCGACAGAUACGACCCCUGCGGUUGGAGAUGAUACUACUGGUGGAGGCAUAAUUGGCUCUCCAGAUGACGCUGUAGCGAAGAAAAAGUCUUCGGGUGAGGUGGGGAAAGACAAAGAGAGCAAGCGGCACUCACGUAAAAGUUCUAACGCUGGUGCUGGAGACGGAGAUAACAAAGCUGCAAGUAGUAAGGAGGAAGAGACGAGUCCGCUUGUUAAGAGGGAAGAUGGGAAGGGCAAAGAAGCGAAGAAGAGCGAAAAGCGCUCGUCCACAGCGUCUUCCAGUACCAAGAAUAAGGGAGAAGGCGAAAAGAGCAGAAGUAGCGAGAAGAAAGAAAAGAGACCAAGCAGUUCUAGCGCUGCUGGUACCGAGGAAUCUUCUACUAACAAGGAAAAGAAAGAGCACCAUCAUCAUCACCAUCAUCAUCACGAAGGUGUCGACAGUGCCGUUUAGCUCUUGCAAGUGCGUCUACUAGUACCUCUACGUUGUGUAGUCAAAUGAAUACAGCAUGGAGUUGUAUCAAUAUGGCUCAUUUUCCCACCUAUCGUAUUUUUUCUCAUCAGCACAUUCACAUAUUUGCAUUUUUCUAAACACUGAAGCUCACACGCUCCGCAUGAUAUAGAUAAGAUAUUCUUGAUAUUAUACCAAGAAUACCAAGGAAGAGAACUAUACCUACUCUUGACAUACCAAUACCAAGGAAGAAAACCCGCAUUAUGCUCUGGACUUUUAUAAGGCUAACAAGCAUCUGCUCUGGACUUUUAUAGAG